AUGGAGUGGGGACACUGUGCAGUGGCCCUGCCCUGGUGUGCCUGGGGUGUGGGACUCUCAGUGCUAAAACUGGGCGAGCCCCAGGCAGACCAGGCCAGGCCAGGGGAGCAGGGGGUCCGCAGCCCCUCCCAGCCCCCCCCUGCCCUGGGUGGGUGCCCAUCCCCUGCUGCCCUCUCCCCCUCAGAUUCAGUGAGCCUGGCCUAUCAACGGGUCCAGAAGGUGGACUGCACCUCCCUGAGGCCCGUCCUGAUCCUGGGGCCUUUCCUGGAUGUGGUGAAGGAGAUGCUGGUCAACGAGGCACCCGGCAAGUUCUGCAGAUGCCCCCUUGAGGUGAUGAAGGCCUCCCAGCAGGCCAUCGAGCGGGGCGUCAAAGACUGCCUGUUUGUCGAUUACAAGCGGAGGAGUGGCCACUUUGACGUGACCACUGUGGCUUCCAUAAAGGAGAUCACAGAAAAGAACCGGCACUGUCUCCUGGACGUCGCCCCCCACGCCAUCGAGCGACUGCACCACAUGCACAUCUACCCCAUCGUCAUCUUCAUCCACUACAAGAGCGCCAAGCACAUCAAGGAGCAGAGAGACCCCACCUACCUGAAGGACAAGGUGACUCAGAGGCAUUCCAAAGAGCAGUUUGAGACGGCUCAGAAGAUUGAACAGGAAUACAGCCGGUACUUCACAGGGGUCGUCCAGGGAGGAGCCCUGUCGAGCAUUUGCACUCAGAUCUUGGCCGUGGUCAAUCAAGAGCAAAAUAAAGUCCUAUGGAUCCCAGCCUGCCCUCUCUAGAGCACAGCGCUGGGGACGACUGUAGCUUGGCCUCCAGCCCCACCGCCUGGCGCAGCUCUUUGCAGUGACUAUGGAUAGACACCUCUGUGUGUAAACAUGAAGGGGAGGGGUCUGUGAACCGGGGCUCCAGAAGCACCUCCUCUGUAGACGGAAGGCCACAGACAGACGGGAUCCGGACCCCGGCCAGCGGACUAUGCUUCUCCCACAUGUGUGUGCUUUGGGACAGAGACUGUGGGGUGAGGGACUCGACACCAACCUUCCUUGUAGCCAGCUCAACAGAGAUGCUGCAAAGAUAACCCUUCAGAUCACAAGUUUACAAGCCUUUUCUAAGUAUUCUGUUGCUGAUGUUUACUUGAACGGCUCCACAUUGCCGCUGCCCAGCCCCGCCCUCCUCCUCACUGUGGCUUUCAUGUUGGUUUUCUGCCCGCUUUCAGCGAAACGCCUCUGGAACCACUCUAGGGGCCGCUUUGCUCUGGCAGGCUCUUGUCAGGGGCACCAGAGCUCUGAUGAAUGCCCUGCUCCUCGGCGGCCCCUCUCCUGGAAGGCCCCUGUGACUGCGGCUGCUUUGACCGUUGGUGUGUGCGGGCGGAGCUAGUGCCUUUGUGGGGCCGCGUGUUCUCCUCCUGCACCUAGGAAGGCAACUUCCGCCGUCUUGUAGGCGCAUCCCUCAGACGUCGUCUCCUGCAUUCUGCCACCUCUUGCUUCUCAUCCACCUGUGUUCAUGAUUCCAGCGUUCUCUCUGAUCCUCAGAGCUUCAUGGGUUCCCUGUGACACAACCAAUUCUGGGCAGGGUGUCAGGCUGGGGCUGAGACGUGCCACUGGGUCCUCCUUAGGUUCUGUGAAUAGUGACAGCCUUUACCAGUGCAGAUUUUGCAGAGUAAUUCCCAAAUGCUUUACAAUGGGGCAGGCACAUCAGCUCUGUUUGAUCUAAAAACAAUUUGUAUUUCAGACUCUGAAUAGAGAGCUCUUACGGAAGCUUAAGGAUCAAUGUGGUCACUGUUAAAAUUCAAGAAAGAGAAACUGGGAUCUAUCUAGUCUUGGCUUCAGCUCUCACAACAUGAGCAGAGCUCCACGAGGAUGUCUUUGUUUUGUUUUGUUUUGUUUUUUAACGCAUCUGAUGCCAGGUGUUUUUGGCUGAAGAUUUGAUGUGAUUCCUCCUUAAACUGUGCGUCCUGUUAAUAAUAGGUACUGUACGGGGCUCCGGGUAAGUGUCACUGGGGUAGGACCUCUAUUUUAAUACUGUUCCUAACAUUUCAUUUUACUAGGAAGAAAUCGCUGAUUUCAUUUUAUUCUUUGUAAUUCUAGACACUAGAUUAUAGUUUAGCCAUACUGACAUUUUUUUAAAAAGGGAUAUAUUUUCUUGCACAGUUGUUCACAAGGAGACACGUUUCAGUCUCAGUGCUGCCCUUCGUUUCACAGGUACACGCGUUCUGGCUCAGACAGCUAGGACCAACCGCAGGCCGUCUUGGGGUUUUGCUGGCACCCGCGGGGCCACUGCUCUGGGCGGCCGGGGUUGGCACAGAGAUGGUACAGUGUGCACGGGUACUGUUCGGACAGACUGGGGUUUUCUGUACUAAAACCUUCCUUUGUAUCAAAAGUUAAACAGACUUUAGUACAAUAAAUAAAGGUCAAUUUCUGUAACUCGUUGUGAAGACA